CUUAGUACAUUAGUUUGUGCGUAGCUUUGUCUUUGGGAAUCUGCACAAAAUGGCGCUGCGUCGAGCAGUGGCGACGCUGCUGCCCAAGAUUUCGCAGCCUGCCGCCGAGACCCUAGGCCCGGCUGCUAACCAUGCAGCUAACUGCUACUCACAGCUGAUGGCUGGCCCUCUGGACAUGGUGGAGCGCCCGCAGCAGCCUGUUGGCACCUCGUUCCGAUCCUUCGCCGCGGACGCUGUUACGGCCGUGAAGGAGGAGACCAAGCUGACCCCCACAAACCGGCUUUCGAUGUCUCCCACGCACCUUAUCAAGUACGCCGAGCACCACCACAAGCGCCUUGAGCCAGGGACUGAGGGCCGGCCCUUUGCGUACUUCGUGCUCACUGGUGGGCGCUUCCUGUACGCGUCGGCGGCGCGUCUGGCGGUGCUGAAGAUUGUCAUGUCGCUGUCGGCUGCUGCCGACACCAUGGCUAUCAGCUCUCUGGAGGUCGACCUGUCUGGUAUUGAGGAGGGCUCGACUAUCACCGUGAAGUGGCGUGGCAAGCCCGUGUUCAUCCGCCACCGCACUGACGCUGAGAUUGCUCAGUCGGCGGAGGUGGCCCUGUCGGAGCUGCGCGACGCCCAGAAGGACGUGGACCGCGCGGUGAACCCCAAGUACCUGGUGGUCGUGGGUAUCUGCACCCACCUGGGCUGCGUGCCCAUUGCGGGCGCCGGCAACUACCAGGGCUGGUUCUGCCCCUGCCACGGCAGCCACUACGACAUCUCCGGCCGCAUUAGGGAGGGCCCCGCGCCCUUCAACCUGGAGGUGCCGGAGUACCGCUUCGUUGAGGAGAAGAAGAUCCUCAUCGGUUAAGCGGCGUGCACUUCGCGUGGAGAGCAGACAGGAGGCAGGGCCGGAAGCAGCGGUGUACAGCUUUGCACGCCGUGGCGUUCCGUUGGUGGUGAUGGUAUUCAGUUGCGGCGGCUUAUUCGCAUUGGACGCCAGUGGUGUCCGGGUCAGCUGUCGAUGCAGCAUCUGGCAAUGAGGGGAGAGCAGCCAUUUUGUCUUUCCCCGCAUUUUACUCCCAGCGCCAAGUCGCUCCUCUGUUCGUUGCAGCAGAGCAGUCCUGGCGGCUGCACGCAGCUGUCUACAGCUUAACACAGUGGGGCUUGACAUAAAUCGUAGCGCAGUCCGCGAGCGGGUUUUGUUGGUGUCGAUCGUUUAAGUUCGGGUUUCAGUUCGGCGUGCUUCUCCGGCACGGCGUUGGUACAUGGUUCUUGAUUCCAGCCUGCUUGCGUAUUUGCAAGUAAGGGCGAUUUAGGUGGGCAACAGCCCCAUCCAUAAACCAGGUCUCAAGUGUAACCUGCAC